AUGGGAGUUACAUAAUCAAGAGACAAGUAAGUUACUAUUGAGAAUCCAAAAUAUCAAGCUGCCUUGAUACCAAAAGGAUAAAAAAUAGCUGCAGUAGCUUCUGGAUUCCCUGUUACUGCAUCUUCUGAAUGGGAGGCUAAUCAUUCAGCUUAAAGAGCUAGACUUAACUAUAGCAAUGCAAGAGAGGGUUCUACCUGCUGGUGUGCUGGCCACAAUGACUUAAACUAAUGGAUUUAAGUUUGUCUCAUUAUUCCAAGGCUAGUCACAGGAUUAGCAAUAUAAGGUAGAGGUAGCUAAUCAGACUUGUAAUGGGUCUUAAAAUACAAGCUUAUGUAUUCUAAUGAUGGAAUCAACUGGCAAGACCAUGAAAAUGGCAAAGAGCAUGAUGGCACCAAUAGUCCAGAUUCUAUCAAUAAUAAGCACUUCAAAGAGCCUUUCAUUGCUACUACAGUUAGAAUAGUGCCUACUGAAUGGCAUGGCCAUAUUUCAAUGAGAUUUGAAGUUUACUUCAAUGAUUUAUGA